AUGAUCUUUCUCAAAACAGUCUAUACAGUCCUUUUUGCUUGGUUGAUUUUCCGUGUGGUUCGUCUCACAAAUGAAGAUCGUAAGACAUUAUUUUACUCGUCUACAAACAUUCUAACUUCUCCUUGUUAUUCUCAAGCCCGUCGUAUGAGAAAAGAUUCGACGUCACUAUCUAUUCUUCGAACUGUUCGAAAUGCAUCUGCCCUACUACAAAGAUCGUCUUUACCACUAAUGUUGGUCCUCUUGGCAAACGACGUGCAACCAAAUCCAGGUCCUUCCAAUCCCAUUCCUGCUAAGCCGUGUAAAACUAAUCCUAGCGAUCUUAAAGUCCUUUACCUAAAUGCCCGAAGUUUGAAGUCUUUCGUCCCUGCUGACAAUGAUACUUCAAAUAAAGUUUGCAAAAUAACCUUACUGCAGGGGUUGGUUCACGGUGGUGAAUAUGAAGUUGUCUGUAUUUGUGAAACUUGGUUCAACAGUACGAUCCUUGAUACGGAACUGCUCCCAGGUUUCAAUAUUUUUCGUCGGGACAGGACAGGGAGAAUUGGCGGUGGAGUUCUAAUCGCGAUUAAAGAAAACCUACAUGCUACUCGGCGUUGUGACCUGGAAAGAGAUGGCAUUGAACUUGCUGUAGUUCAACUCAAUAAUGGGAACAAUGAACCAGUAAUUCUUUAUGUGUAUUACCGUCCUCCCAACUCCUCUCCUGAUGCCGGUCUCAAUCUUCUAAACAACUCCAUAGCAAGUAACCCGGAGUCAUGUUGCAUAAUCGUAGUUGGCGACUUUAAUAUUCCUUCUAUCUCCUGGUCAGACAGCCCAUCAACUCCUAUUAACACUGGUGGAUGCUCCAAUGGUGAAAACCUUUGUGAACUUAUCGGCGAUAAUUUUCUGUAUCAGUUCGUUGAUGGCCCAACCCACCGUGCUGGAAAUAAGCUUGAUUUGCUGUUUCGUAAUCGUACCGAAACCCUGUCCGACGUACUAACUCUCUCCUGUGACGAACACAACUUUCCGUCUGAUCACUAUACUAUUGAAUUCCUUAUUCGCACAAAGUUCAGAAAAGCAAAACCUGUGCGGCGAACAGUCUAUGAUUGCAACCGAGCUAACUUUCCCGAACUUUGUAAAGCCUUGUCUCAAACAGAUCUUCGUGUAUCUCUUUCCGACAACAUUGAUGAUUGUUGUAAACAUUGGAAGAACUUAUUUUUAUCAGUUGUGUCAAGUUAUGUUCCGACCAAAGUUGUUAAGAAUACCAACUCUCCUCCCUGGAUCGAUGGAGAAGUUCGCCAUCUAAUCCGAAAAAAGUACACCGCCUUACGUAAAUAUCGUUUGAAGAAAACGCCUGAACGUAAAGUUAAACUCCGGACAUUGUGUCAGCAAGUCAAGAAUGUUAUUCGAAAGAAACAUAAAAAGUAUUUGGACAAAAUUGAAAUUUCAUUUAAAGAAAAUCCGAAAUUGUUUUGGAAUUACCAUAAAGCGGCACUCCACCACCGUUCAGCAUUGAAUCCUGUCAUAUUACACAACGAUGAGACAGCGACGACCCCAAAACAAAAAGCAGAACUUUUUAAUUCAUACUUUUGCUCCGUUUUUCGACCACUUAAAGCUUUACCUAUCACUGAUGAUUCACCUGUCUUACUGUUGCCUGUGGAACAAUUGUCUGAUAUGACUGUCUCGGAAGAAGAAGUUGCCCAUCAUCUUGCACAUUUGGAUCCAACUAAGGCAACAGGCCCCGAUGGUAUUCCUGCUCGGGUAUUGAGGGAAUGCAGUUUUGCCAUUGCCCCAAGUCUUUUCUCACUCUUUAAUCAUUCAUUACAUACUGGUACUGUUCCAUCUGAAUGGAAAUCAGCUGAUGUUUCACCAAUUCAUAAGAAAGAUAAGAAAGAACUAGCUAUCAACUACCGUCCAAUUUCACUGCUAUCUAUCAUCAGCAAAGUCUUGGAGCGAUGCGUUUGUAAUCGUUUCUACGAAAAUAUCCGAGAUUCGAUUAACGAAGCUCAGCAUGGAUUUCUUCAUGGGCGUUCUUGUACUACACAGCUUCUUUCAACGUUACAUCGUAUUGGACAAUUGCUUGACAAAAAUACCAAGACGGACAUUCUAUUUCUUGACUUCGCUAAAGCCUUCGACUCAGUGGAUCAUGUUAUUCUCCUAAGAAAGCUGAAAGAUUACGGCAUCUCAGGAAACCUUUACAGAUGGUUCUCUGACUACCUGCAUAACCGUACCCAGCGAGUUGUUGUAGAGGGUGCUGCUUCGUCGCGGUCCCCUGUCACUUCUGGCGUUCCACAGGGAAGCAUCUUGGGUCCAAUGCUUUUCUUACUCUUCAUCAACGAUCUUCCUGAUGUCAUUCCUGAAUCUACAUCAACAGGACUGUAUGCUGAUGAUACCAAAUUAUAUAGAGAAAUCUCAACUCCAGAGGAUUGUUCACAGUUACAAGAAGCUUUGUCGUGUGCGGAUGUUUGGAGUAAGGAUAACAACAUCAACUUUAAUCCCUCAAAAUGUAAAAUAUUGACAUUCUCCCGCCGUAAAACUCCUUUUCUUUUCGACUAUUAUCUGGGAUUAUCUGAAUUGAAGCGUGUGAAUGACGAAGUUGAUCUGGGAAUCACAGUGACCAGUAACCUUUCAUGGACAACCUAUAUCAACAAAGUAAAAGUCAAGGCGAACAGGUUGCUGGGUUUGCUUAGAAGAACAUGCCCCUUGUUAACAGACCGCAGUAUCCGGCGCACUCUGUAUCUUUCGCUCGUCAAGUCGCAAUUAUGCUAUGCCACAGAGGUUUGGUCUCCCUCCCAAAAUAAUAACAAAUUAUAUCUGGAGCAAGUCCAAAGGCGUGCAACAAGAUGGAUCCUUCAAUCGAAGAAAGGUGACAUGACCUACAAGGACAGAUUUUGUUGGCUCUGA